CGCAUGCGUACUAUGAUGCAAUAUUCUCGAAAGAGAAAGAAAAUGGGACAGAAACAAAUUUUAUAGACAGCUGAUCUGCUAAUGAGAGGUUAGAUUUAGUCCUUCAAAACGAUGGCUGCCCUUGUACAAAAUGGAAUUAAUGUAUCAAGAAAACAAAUUGUACCAGUUGCAUCUGCAGCCUCAUCAACUCUUACACAAAAAGCAAAGUACGCCACAAAAGCUGAAGACAUAGAGCCACUCAAGUAUGUUUCAGUCUCUUCCUUGAAAAGAGGAACAGGGGGCAGAAGCAGUUUUAGCGGCAUAGUUGCCACUGUUUUCGGGUCGACAGGAUGUCUGGGUCCUUAUGUCGUUAAUCGUCUGGGAAAGAUUGGCACACAGAUGAUCCUGCCCUAUCGUGGAGAAUACUACGACAUUCACCCGAAGCGUGUUGCAGGUGACUUGGGUCAGGUGCUAUUUCAUCACUAUCACCUGAAAGACGAGAGCAGCAUUCGAAAGGCGGUGAAAUACUCGAACGUGGUGAUCAAUAUGGUGGGUCGCGACUGGGAGACUAAGAACUUUAGUUUCGAGGAGGUGAACGUAGAGGGAGCCAGGCGAUUGGCUAGGAUUGCUCGCGAGAUGGGAGUUGAAAAGUUCAUUCAUAUCAGCGAUGCUAAUGCGUCGCCUGAUCCUGCUCAAAAAGUGAUCAAAGGAGGAUCCAAGUUCUUGAAGAGCAAGUAUGCCGGAGAGCUGGCUGUGAGGGAGGAAUUUCCCAAUGCCACCAUUAUCAGACCGUCCAUGAUUUUUGGAAAUGGAGACCGAUUCACCAGGUACUUCACUCACAUCUUCCGCCACCAGGGGCGCUACCUGCCUAUGUACAGGAAGGGCGAGGAGACUGUGAAGCAGCCCGUGUUCGCGGGUGACGUCGCUCAGGCCAUAGUCAACGCUGCCAAAGACAGGGACAGUCGAGGACAGACUUACCUCGGCUACGGUCCGAAGCGCUACCGCCUCGCUGACCUGGUGGACUGGUUCCAUGCGCUGGUGAACCGCGACGAGGAAUCGUGGGGCUACAAGCGAUACGACAUCAAGUACGACCCCACCUUCCUCAUCCGCGCCAAAAUCAACGAGAAAUUCAACCUCUCCUGGCCCAUUGGAUUUGUGCACCCUGAGUACAUUGAGAGGGAGAGCAUUUCGGAUCCAGUGGCCGUGGAGGAUAUGACCUUGGAGGACAUCGGUGUAAAUCUGACGCCCAUCGAAGAUAUGGCUCCCUGGCUGCUCAGAUACACGCGUACCAACCGCUACUAUGACGAGGAGAUGAAGCUGUACCACGAGCCUCCCCCGCCGCAGCCCAUUAAGGGAUUGUAAUUUCAUCGAACAUCAAGGAUUUUAGUCAAAUUCAAUCAGUUUUAAAGGAUUUUUGUCAACUCAAUUUGAUCAAUCACAAAGGAUUUUAGCCGAAUUCGAUCAGUUUAAAAAAAUUGGUAACAAACUCUCAUCCCAAAUUAUGCAAAGUCGACGUUUAACGCUUAUCCGAACAGUUGGUAUAGUGAGGUCCACGUUAUAAUGACAGUAUUUGAUUAACAUUGGUGUUGCCAUCCUUGUCUAUCAUUCGACAAAGCAGAUAACACUAUCCUUUUCUAGCUCCGCAACAAUUCCAAAUCUGUUUUUGACAAUGUAGAAAUAAAGGCAGAGAAUCGGCAUUCGACAAAGCAGAUAGCACCAUCCUUUUCUAGCUCCGCGACGAUGCCAAAUCUGUUUUUGACAAUAUAGAAAUAUAAUUAAUGAAGGCAGAGAAUUGGCAACGCUGUUCUUCUAUCUCUAUCCACUGCCAUUAUAACUUGGACCUCACUAUAGAUGAAGAUCCGUUUUCUCAGUCAAAUAGUCAAAGACCCGGUUGCACAAAGGCCGGUUAAAUUUUAGCCGUGAUUAAUUCCACAAGAACCAAUCAGAGAAGGCGUUUUCGAAAAGACGGCUUCUCUGAUUGGUUCUCGUGGAAUUAAUCACGGCUAAAAUUUAACCGGCUUUUGUGCAACCAGGCCAAAAUCUUUAUUACAUGUUCUUCAAAAACGGCAAUAGAUGUCAGUCAAUAUUAAAUUUAUAUUUUUUAUGGUAACUUGAAUCAUGAAAAAUUAUACAAAUGUUUACUGAUGAAGUAUUUCAGUUGGUAGAAUUGAUGGUGAUGUUGUGAAAUCUCUCCAUAAUAAGAAAACAAAGAUAUUGUCAAAUUUCACUAAAAAAUUAUUAAAAACUUUAAAACAGAACCAUUUGUUAACUACGUGAAACCAUGGUUCUGUUUUAAAGUUUUUAAUACAUUUUUAGUGAAAUUUGACAAUAUCUUUGUUUUCUUAUUAUUUUAGUUGGGCUACAUUUAUUUUCAGUUGUAGAAAAUAUUUAGUACCAUUGAAAUAUUUUAAAUUAUAUACGACUAGUAAUGACAUAAAUCUGGUAGUGUAUAAUUUAAAAGAAAUCUUUCAAGGGUACCAGUUAUCUAUACUAUAAUAAAGGAAACAACUGGCUUAUACACGUACGAGGUACGAGGUUGGAAAUUUAUAUCACGACUGAACUACUGGACUGAUUAACUUGAAAUUUUGCAAAUAGAUUCUUAACUAACCGAGGAUGGUUAUAGGCAUAUUUUCAAUUCUUCAAGAUUUCAUUACGUCAGGUUUUCAGUUUGUCUAGUUUCAAAAUAGGAUCGUUAUCUUUUGACUGAUUGAUUGAUUAAAAUCCUUUAUCAAAUAUUAGCAUCCAAUACCCUCUAAAAAUCUAUUAUGCUUAGAGCUGCAUUUUGUAUCAUAGAGCAAACAUUUUGUUGUUUUAUUGUUCAACCAUGUUAUAAAUUAUGUGAUCAUCUAUGUAAAUAAAUUGGAUUGAACAAGA